AUGAAUCGAAAAGAUGAACGAAGUUCACGUUUGACUGACAAGGAAGGACUGGACACCGGAUCUUGCAGCAGCAGCGACGCCGAGUGGGACACCGAUGUUGAGGACAACAACGACCUGGUAUCGGAUAAUUUAUCUAUUGAACAGAUAUAUCUAAGAAUAUGCGAAGAACUUGGUGUGCCUCCCAUCACUAAAGUGACAAAACAAAUGAAAACAGACGUGAUUGAUCUUAAACACUACGGUAUCCUAGAUAAGGGAGCCAAGGCACUUGCUAUGGCUAUGGGUAAGAACGUUACCGUGGCAACGCUUAAUCUCCAUGACAACGGGAUAAAUAAAGCAGGGGCAAUUGAGAUCGCUAAGAUGCUUGAGACAAAUUGUUUUAUAGUGAAAUUAGAUUUAUCGAGCAACAAAAUCGGGCAGGAAGGAGUAGCUGCACUCGCGAAAAUGCUACGUAGGAAUGUGACUUUGAGGGAUUUGAAUCUUUCAAACAACAAGCUCCUGGAUGAAGAUAUUGCUCUUCUCUGUGACGUGCUGAGUACACAUCGCUACCUCAGAUGUCUGCGGUUGAGCGGUAAUGAACUUGGCGACAAGGCAAGUACUAUGAUUGGAUUAGCUUUAAGAUCCAAUCAAGUGCUUGAAUGUCUUGAUGUGAGUUGGAAUAGAAUCCUCGUCAAAGGCGCAGUGUCGCUGGUUAAGGCUUGCAAAGAAAUGCAGUCUUUAAAAGAGUUGAAUCUUAGUUGGAAUGGGUUGUCAGAUAAAGGUGCGAAAGUAAUCCGAGAGAUCCUUGAAAAACCUGACUGCUCCCUCAAAGUACUUGAUAUCACAAGCAUUUCCAUAGGAACCACAGGAGCGGAACAUAUAGCCAAGGGGCUCAGAAAGAACACAUCACUGAAGACCCUACGCGUUGGUAAGAAUCCCUUCAUGAGCACCGGCGCUUUCUCGAUCUUCAAGGGACUUCUGAAAAACCCACAAAAUAGCUUGGAAGAGCUUUUCUUAGAGAACGUCGUCUUCGAUAAAGAGUGCGAGGACGCUCUAGACGAGCUACUCAAAACAAAGCCAAACUUCUUAUGCAAGUGGGAUGUGAUUAUCAAAGGCGGAGAUACACGCGCUUUAGAUGAAACAGAGACAACACCACUAGAAAAGUUCAUCCAGUUCAUGCGAACUAGAGGGUUAAGAAUGGUAGACAUGUACCGUUCCUUGGCUAGAGGCGACGUACUGACAGAAGAUAAAUUUGUCCGAGGACUGAAGUCAUUCAACGUACCAAUGACAGAUAAAGAAUUAAAACAGUUGUUCAACAUACUUGACUUGAACGGAGAUAAUGAGAUGAGCUUCAGGGAAUUUUCAUUCAAAGGAAUCUAA